GGCGCGGAGGAGACAAGAUGGCGGCGAGGGGAGGCCGCAACGGGCUGCUGGACAAGUGGAAGAUUGAUGACAAACCAGUAAAAAUUGACAAGUGGGAUGGAUCAGCUGUGAAAAAUUCUCUGGAUGAUUCUGCCAAAAAGGUUCUCCUGGAAAAGUACAAGUACGUGGAGAAUUUCCAUUUGAUCGAUGGCCGUCUCCUCAUCUGCACAAUCUCCUGCCUCUUUGCCAUUGUGGCUUUGAUUUGGGAUUAUCUGCAUCCCUUUCCUGAGUCCAAACCCGUUCUAGCCGUCUGUGUGGUGUCUUAUUUUGUGAUGAUGGGGAUCCUAACCAUCUACACCUCGUACAAAGAGAAGAGUAUUUUCCUCGUAGCUCAUAGGAGAGAUCCCACAGGGAUGGAUCCGGAUGACAUCUGGCAACUUUCUUCCAGUCUAAAAAGGUUUGAUGAUAAAUACACCCUAAAAUUGACCUUCAUCAGUGGAAAAACCAAACAGCAGCGGGAAGCAGAGUUCACCAAGUCCAUCGCAAAGUUCUUUGACAACAACGGAACAUUAGUCAUGGAAGCCUAUGAGCCAGAAGUCUCCAAGCUUCACGACGGGUUGGCCACAGAAAGGAAAAUAAAGUGAUCCCAGCCCUUCCCUUCCUGCCAGGGUCAGGCUCAAUUACCGGGGUCAGGCUCAAUUACUACCAAUAAAUUCACAUCACAACACAUGUUAAUUGCCUCUGUUUUUGUCCUGAAAUCCUAUUCAGCUCUGGAUAAGCAAGAUUUUUAAUUUUGGAUCCAGGAUUUUUAGAGCCAAAGGUCUAGGUGCAGUGGUUGACCUGCCUUUGUGGUGGCUCUGUCACCUUGGAGAUAGAUGAUGGAUGACAUUUUACCUAUCAGUCCUUCAGGAGGGAGUGUUUUUCUCAGUGCUGUGCUGCCUCCCUCCCUUUCACCUGACAGUGCUUUACAAAACAGAGCUCUGUGCCAUGCAGUGUUUGGGAUUUUCACCAUUCACAUUUCACCAACUUCCUUUCUUCUGUGGGUUUUUUUUUAUUAGGAAUUCAGGACAGAAUCCUUCUGUAAGACAAUUCUGUCCGAGCAAAGCAAGUUUUCUUUAUUUUUAUAUUUAUCUAAUUGGGGGGGCAUUGUUUUUAUAGGAAAGCCUUUUCUGUGUCGAAAGAGAGAAACUUAAACCAAGGCGACAGAUUAUCUUUUCUGUAUGGUACAGCACAAAGCUUCUCCACAAGGUGAAAAAAUGACAAGUGCUGGAAUUUGUAGAGCUGUGAAUGUCCUCCGUGUUUGUGUCCUGCUGGCUGUUUUUGCCAAGAUCCUGUUCAGUGUGUUCCUUAUAUAAAAUGUCAUUUUCUAAAUGAUUUUUUUUUUCAAUAAAAGGAGAGAACAGAUGUGAAAA